AUGCGUGAUAGACAAGAAUACAAGGAUCGCGUACAUGCUGGCAAUGUUUUAGCAGACGCGGUUGCACAGAAAUAUAAUAACGAGAACAAUGACAUUAUCGUUCUUGCGCUUCCAAGAGGUGGUGUUCCUGUGGCUUAUCAAAUAUCUCAGAGGAUCAAGGCACCUUUGGAUGUAUUCCUCGUACGAAAAAUAGGCGUCGAAGGACAUGAGGAACUGGCUAUGGGUGCUAUUUCGGAGACUGCCACGGUAUUCAACAAGGAAAUCAUUGGCCGAAUCUCUGAAGAAUCAAUUCGCAGAAAACAAGAGCUUCAACGCAGGAAUUUGAUGUAUCGAAAAGGAAAGCCUGCUGUUAAUGUUGGUGGGAAAACUGUAAUACUUGUCGAUGAUGGAAUUGCAACAGGGGCAACUAUGAGGGUCGCAUACAAAUCUCUUCAAACACAGAAACCAAAAAAGAUCGUUAUUGCAGUGCCAGUUGGUGCACCAGAUACAAUCAAUGAGAUGAAGAAUGAUGUAGAUGAUGUAAUCUGUCCGUUGCAACCGGCUUUUUUGAUGGGUAUCGGUAUGUGGUAUAUGAACUUUAAUCAGACCGAGGAUGACGAAGUGCUCGAGUAUUUAGCAAAGGCCGAAUUACAAUUUCCUGUUCCAACUGUGUUCCCCCACGAGUCCGAAAAGCUCCAGGAGAAGAACGUUAUUGAGGUUGAAGCGAGCAAGGGAUUAUGA